UGUAUAAAUGAAGGAGUACACAGUUUACAGAAGUCCACAAGCCUCGACUGCCCUAUAAAACAAGAACUUCUUGCAAAAUCACAAACGAUAAGACCUACGUCCUUUAAUAUGUAACAAUGUUACAGUGUAUGCAGGUGUCUGUAGAACAGAAUAGCAUUCCGGCUAUAUAUAUAUAUAUGUAUAUAUAUAUAUAUACAGUAGAGAGAAUUCACCACCACAGUAUACCAGACGAAGUACGGCAAAGCGCCUAGUAGUACAAACGAGCGUGCACAUUCUACAACAAGUCCACUAAACCAUUAGGAUGAGGUUUGAUGUUGCUUUAUAUAAACACCCGAACUAUACUACACAUUUGCAUAUAUACUGAAGUCUCUGUUAUCAUGGCUCAAAAAUCAGCGGUGAUAUUUUAGUCUUUUUAACAGAUUUGGAUUAGAGAAGAUGUAUUUUCUCUCUCUGAAAGUUAACUGGAUCUCAAGGAUACAUUGAAUAAUACAGAGAUAGUGUGCAUUAAGGGAUAUAGUUAGUUUCAGUUUCCUUUUCCAUAGGUGAGAUCCGUGAGGAUACAAGUUCGCAUUAUAAGUCAUUAUUAUUCAACUUAACUAUAUUACACACUGUAUUAGAUCAAUUGCACACAUCUUACGAAACAUGUAGAGCUAUUACAAAACAUAACUGAGCCAAUAUGAGAAAAGCAGGGCCAAUAUGAGGAAACAGGGCCAAUACGAUAUUCAAGCAUAUUGAUUGGUCCAAAAAAGAGAGGGCCAAUACGGAGAAGUCACUUCUGUUAGAUUUUUAAAUGACGCCAUUUGUUUUACAUCAAAAUGAUACAUUACAAUAGUUUUCACAUUUUUGACAAAAAUAAUAUCUUACAGGUUCAUGUAACAACCAAGUAUGAACGGGCGGACGUAUGAUGUCGAUGUACUUCUUUUAGAUUAUAACGAUACUUUCGGUUAUUCGGUAUUGUGUAUAAACAAGUGUUCCUGUCAGAAAUUCUGACAAUUUUCAAGGAAAAUAUUGAGAGAAUUUGCGAAACUCAGACUAAUUAAAAGGAUGAGACUUAUCUAAAACAGACAUUUAGAUAAUGUGGAUUAUUUUUGCAAUAUCAAUAGCGAUUCACAUGUUGGAAAGUGGAUGUUGCGAACACGAAUGUCAGUUGUAAACUGCAAACAAUUUCGGAAAAGAAUGAAACGAGGCAUAUAAUAUGUGCUUGGUUGGUUGUAUUAUCUUGAUCAACACACAUGUGUACAAUUUUGUGUCUCGUUGUCUGCAGUCUAAAACGAAAUGACAUUUACAGCAGUUUUUAUCACAGUUCAAAUGAUAAGAUACUCACUAGAGAAAAGAAAUAGGAAUUCCAAAUAAAUAAGAAGACGACGCUUAUCCACAAGACAGAAGAUGGGACAAUUGUACUCAAGACAAUUAAAUGUAGCUGUCAUUGGAUACAAUGGGUCUGGGAAAACUUCAUCUAUGCCAUGAAAGAUAUGCUACCUGAAAUAGACAUAAAAAGACUAGGAGCGGAUGAUUAUCGAGAGGAAGUCAUUCCCACAAGAAGGACCAAUGGUUUCCUUAGAAGCAUAUUUGGCAGUGACCAAAUGUUAUUUUGGGAAAUCCCUGCUGCAAAGAUGUACGUGACAGAGGGUACAUAUGUACUUGCAGAUACAACAUUUAAAACUGAUCCAGUGUGUUUUUUGUACAAGAACAGACUUACUGAAAGUGACAUGCGUCUCUUGACGUAUCUGCAUCAGCUAUGUCAAAACUUGAUAAUUGUUCGAACAUGUAUCGAUGAAGAUGUGCGUAAUUAUGAACGAAGUCAUCCACAAACUCACAAAGAGAUAGAUAUUCUCAGUAUAAUGCAGUCAUACAUGCAUUGGCAUAAACGUAUACUUGAACAGUCAGGAAAAUCAGGAAACAAAAUCUAUACGUUUUUGGUUUCAAAUAUUAAAAGAAGACAAUACGACCAAAUUGCGUUACGAGACCUACUAAUAAACACUUGUCGCAGAUCAAGAAACAUGCUUAAUCGCAGUUUCAUCCACCGAUCAGACAUCUCUAGAGUUUUGAAACCAUUUACUUUUGCCGAUGGAGAAAUAAGUAGAUACAGGAAAUACAACGGACCUGCUGCCAGUUGCAGGGAACAAUUGCUAAAGAAAGCACUAAAGGCUAAAGACUUCUACAGUGGCAAAGGGAUUGUAGGUUUGCACGGGUAUUUUAAAGAAGAACUAGAAACGUUGAAAAACGUCACCAUUAACAUUGCUAUAACUGGGUCGUCUGGCACUGGCAAAUCGUCUUUCAUAAAUGCUAUUCGCAAUUUGACUGCGGAUGACAACGGUGCGGCAGAAGUAGGUGUAGUUGAAACUACAAUGGAACCAAAGAGAUUUGUUCUUUCAUACAGAAACAACUUGCAACUAUGGGACCUUCCUGGUGUAGGAACUGUGAGAGUCCCUAAGGACAGUUACCUAAAGAAAGUCAAUUUUGAAAAGUACGACUUUGUUAUUAUUACGAGCAAAUGCAGAAUCACCGAAGAUGAAGUAUGUCUUGCACAAGAACUGAAUUCAAUGAAAAAGAGAUUAGCUUUUGUUCGUACGCAUAUUGACAACGAUGUUGAAAAUGGAGGAAGGGAAUUUCAAAGAAGAGAAGAUGUAAUAAAAAGUAUCAGAUCAAACUGUGAAGUGGAGCUGCAGAAAGCAGAAUUGCCACUUAUACCAGUUUUUUUUAUAGAUAACUUUGAAAAGAAUGCGUAUCCAGAUUUUGCAAGAUUGGAGCAGUAUAUGUUGAUCCAGUGCAAUCUUCAUAAAAAAGAAAUGUUGCUUUCUUGUAUUUCAGACUUAGCUCGAGAUGUUAUAGAAUCCAAGAAAAAACACCUGAAAACUAGAAUUUCUUCCAUAUGUGAUGAAAUAGCUAGUAUUGAUUCCUAUGCAGAACAAAAUAGUCAUCUUAGAAAUGAACUUAAUGACUUUAAGAGCUACCUUUUCCUUCAAAUUCCUACCCUGAAAAUUGACGCGAUGUAUACAAACGUUUCAGAUGAGGACUGGCAUCAUGUCUUAACCAUUCUUGAUCAAGACCCACCAGAGAUUAUUCAGUUAGUUGAUGCAUUGACAUCAAGUACAAGAGGAAUACCGCUUUAUGGAAAAUAUAAGAUAAGAAAAGCGUGUCGCCUCUUCUUUACUAGUGCCUUGGAACAGUUUGCGAAAACUUCUGUUACAACAUCCGAAACUAUGAUUAGAGGGAUGAAAAUACUCCAGGACUAGGUUUUUACUGCGGUAAACUUCUCGAAAGACUGUUUAAAUUGUCCUCUUUAUAUUUGGAAGCCCCUUUCACUCAUAAUCCUAGUCUCAUAAUUCUUAUGAUUUAAAGGGAUUUUUGGUAACAGCACUGUGAUUUGAAAUUUUAAAGUGUCACAUUGGUGAAAAAUAAAAUAAAGAUUCACGAUUAUGAAAAUUGGUUAGUGAUAUGGACAGAGACGGUGAAUUAGCAGUCAAAAUAUUAAAAAUAGUUUGUUUGAUAAGCAAAUGAGCUGUAAGCUAAAAUGUCGGAGUGGUAUUCUGAAUCAAGAAAUUGGAAGGUAAUAUCAAACUUACAUUUAGGAAGCAGGUCAUUUUCUACCUGCCAAUAGCUUCCCACGGCCGAGUGGUUAUGGUCAUUGACUUCGAAUAAGUUGCCAAUCACCGGUUUGAGUUUGUUUAAGACUUCACUUGGGGUGCAGAAUUCAUGUGAAGAAAAAUAAAAUAAAGAUUCGUGAUUAUGAAAAUUGGUUAGUGAUAUGGACAGAGACUGUGAAUUAGCAGUCAAAAUAUUAAAUUUUUUUGUUUAAUAAACAAAUGAGUUGUAAGCUAAAAUGUCGGAGUGUUAUUCUGAAUCAAGAACUUGGAAGGUAUAUAUAAUAUCAAACUUACAUUUAGGAAGCAGGCCAUUUUCUACCUGUCAGUAGUUUCACACGGCCGAGUGGUUAUGGUCAUUGACUUCGAAUAAGUUGCCAAUCACCGGUGUGAAUUUGUCCAAGACUUCACUUUGGGUGCAGAAUUCAUGUGAAGAAAUCAUCCAAACGGCUUACGGAAGAUCUGUGGUUCUACCAAGUGUCCCGUCCAUGCAUGAGACAAUGUCCAGAGGUACACCAGGAAUCGUCUUCAAACUAAAAGGCUAGAAUUGUUGCCAUAAGACUAAAAUGUUGACGAUGUGCCUGUCAGACUUAGUAAUUAGUAUUCAUGAUCUGUCACAGAACGAUUUUCUCUCAUAUUAUAUAUCACUUUGUAAUUACUUUGAUAGAAUAUUGCGGUGUAUAACAUACCUAUAAGCUCGAAUUGAAGAUGUUUUGUUAGUAUUGUAAAUAAUAAAUAUGCGUAAUUUAUUGUAAGGAAAUAAGUUAUUUUUAAUCGAUGCAUUACUUAUAAACAACCUUUAAAAAAAACUUUUCUUUGAUGAAUUCAAUUUUGAAAAAGAAGCACAAAUGGCGUUUAAUUCCUUAAGCAAGUAUUAUUUGUGCCUUAAAAAUGGAAAUGAUGAUAAUCAUAAAUAAUAGUACCUGUCUCAAGAUAUAGAUAUUCGUACAAAGAAGACAUUUUCUCAGAUUAAUGAUAUCAUCUCAAGCCAAUAAGCCAAUAAUCUGACUUAUAGUAUUUCGUCACAUGUUUAUUUUUUGUUUGUUCCAGAUAUCUAUAUAU